ACUAAUCCAACGGGCUUAAAACAAGUUAAAGGAUUCAAGAAAAUAGAGAGACAUUCUACAUGCUAUAUAUUUCAGGGAAUGAAGUAAGGGCUUAAUGUGAGAUCUCCUAAAAGCCCGACAUUUUUCAUCCAGUUGGGUCUGGGUCAACUUUUAAAUCCUUUGCUUAGCUGCGGACUAUUAUUAUCCCAUAGUAAAGACCGGGAUAGGAAGCUUAAUCAAACUAAUUAAAUGGACUCACUAAAUGACUCCCUCUGUCUAGAGGAGUUGGUCGGAAGCUGCGAAGGUAGUCACGUUCAGUCAGGCGUAUCUACGAUGACAUUACAACCACUAGAACCUCCAAAAGCAACCCAGGUUACUGAAAUUGGACACUUACCAAUCCCACAUGGGAAAACGACACCGUUGACUGGAGUAAAAACUUCUAUGGACUCCACCAAAACAGGAGAUAUGAAUGAAACUACGUCCAAAACUAACCCGAGUGACGAUAACUCAUCCGACGAGUCAGAUCUGAAGAAACGACGGCGACAGCGUCGGCAAAGGACGCAUUUUACGUCACAACAACUCCAAGAAUUAGAAGCAACAUUUGCCAGAAAUCGCUAUCCAGAUAUGGCUACGCGGGAAGAAAUAUCUGCAUGGACAAACCUGACAGAACCUAGAGUUAGGGUAUGGUUUAAAAACAGACGAGCAAAAUGGCGCAAACGAGAGAGAAAUUUAGAGCCCUUUAAAAAUGGAUUCGGUCCCCAGUUCAAUGGUUUGGUGCAGCCUUUCGACGAUGGGUUAUAUAGCGGAUAUUCAACAUAUAACAAUUGGGCAACUAAGGUACCAAGUCAUUUAGGAUCCAAAGGCUUUCCAUGGGGCUUAAAUUCAGCUGUGAAUCCACUAGGCUCAGUAGCGGCCUCACAGCCGUCUAUGUGUUUCGGGACUUCACCAACUAGUUCAAUGAGUAGCAGUAUGAUGCCCAGUAUGCCGAGUGUACCCUCGAUGACGAUGGGUAGUUCAAUGAAUAAUCCAGCAGCCCCUUGCCCAUAUGCUCCACCCGCGCCUCCAUAUAUCUACAAUAGAGACCAGUGUUCAAAUAGCAUAGCGUCGCUACGCCUAAAGGCGAAACAAGCGACAAACUUCGGAUAUCCUACUGUAGGACCAAGGCAACCUGGGGGACUUUCUGCCUGUCAAUACGCUACGGGAGCCAGUGUAUGACAUUAUAUAACUCAAAACCAUAGCGAGCCGAUACCAUGACAUUAACGGAAUAGGCGUAUGCGCAUGCCGGGAUACUGCGCAUGUGCAAAGCGAAUGGAGAAUCGCAAGAAGAAUCGCGUCUAUUUGAAACAGUUCAUGUAAAGAGUACCAAGUUAAACUUUGUAUAGACAGCAAUGAGAUUCUGUAUGCGAUUUUGAUCCAAAAGAGUGAACAUUUGCAAGAGGUGGUAAUACUCGUAAACUCAUUUGUUAUAGUAUGCUGUACAUAGAAGUAUAAUUGUAUAUUUGAUUGUACAUAUAAAUAAUAUAUAUACAUAAUUUUAUGGUUAGAUGACUUAAUUGUCACUGGUAAAUAUGGUGCAUACUUUUUAAUGUAUAUAUUAGUAGUUAAAACGUUAUAUCAGGGUUACUCAUGUUUGCAAUAAAUAUGAACAUACAACUUGUAUAAGUGUCGCCAACAUUUUCCUUUUUAUUAUAAAUAAGAUACAUUUUGAGCCAUAAAUAAUUAGACAUUGGUUUGCUGAAGUGGGGGUAGGGGGUCCCGUGUUAAAGCUAAAAAUAUUAUCAAGAGACCAAUCAGUGGAUGAGAUCAUACAAAAUGUAAACAAA